AUGGCAAAAGCUAUUUAUAGCUUGAAAAUAUAUUUAUUUCGUGAACAGUUACGAUUAACGCCCAAAGAAGAAAGUGCCUUAAGAAGUAUUUGCAUUUUUAUUGUACGGUUAUAUAUAAAAGUAUGGUUUAAUUCACCAUCUUCAAUCAAAGCUCCUUUACAAGACUUGACUUUUAUGAAAAAUCUUUUACAAUAUGCCUCUAUAGAUAAAGAUCUAUCUCAGAUAGCAGUUAAAAAGUUUUGUGGUCACUUAUGGUAUUUAUCGGCGGAAUUAUGCGCAUUUGAUUUUUUCGAUGAGGCUGUGCCACUGGAGACUAAAAGAAAAAUGAUUCAUGCUCUAAACAACGACGAAUGUUUAUCAGAAUUAAAUUCAAAUGCACAACGUUUAAUUAUAUUUGCAAAAAAUGCAAACGAGUUAUUAGAAAAGGAAAUUGAUGAUUUUAUAUGUGUCAAGACUAAAAAUCUUUUUAAACGAUUUGCUAUCAAUACCACUUUUUUGAAUGAAAACCCUUUAAUGUGGGCAAAUAAUGCAGAUUAUAAUACAGCUCUGUCAAUUUUAAAAAAUAUUGCAGUUAUAAAUGAUGUUGCAGAAAGAGGAGUAAAAAUUAUAGAAGAUUAUAACAACAAAAUAACCAAAGAUGAAUCUCAAAAACAAUAUCUACUACAAGUUGUUAGAGAUUAUAACAAAAAAUAUCCUGACCAUAGAAAAGAAACACUUACCCAAGUUACACAGUCAUAA